AUGGCGGGAGACACUACCAAGGUCGACAAGCCUGAUAUCGUCAUGGUGGACGAUAGAGAUGACCACACGAACCAUGAUAUUGAAAAGUCUGCUCAAGUGAAAGUCAUUGACAACAUACCCGUCUUGGGCUUGAGCGAAGAAGAUGCGGUUUUCUACAACAGUAUAACAGAAGCACAGAGGAAGAAAAUCGUCAGAAAGAUCGAUUUGCGCCUGGUACCGAUGUUGGCGAUAUUAUACCUUAUCUCGCAGCUUGAUCGCGCAAACAUUGGAAACGCAAAGAUUGAAGGCCUUUCCGAAGACCUACACCUCGUCGGGAACCAAUACAAUGUUGUACUGUCCCUUUUCUUCAUCCCAUACAUUUUGCUUGAAGUUCCCAGCAAUGUUUUGUUGAGGAAGUUUAGGCCCUCGGUUUAUCUCGGCUCUCUUGUUAUUCUUUGGGGCAUCGUUAUGACUAUGCACGGCGUUGUCAAGAACUUCGGCGGCUUACUUGCUGUAAGACUUCUUCUCGGCGUCUUUGAAGCUGGAUUCUAUCCUGGCGCGGUUUAUCUCUGCGCAUUCUGUGCUUUAUCAGGGGCAUUUUCUGGUCUCUUAGCUGCAGCAAUUGCUCUAAUGGAUGGUGUUGGUGGCUAUGAAGGGUGGCGAUGGAUCUUCCUCCUCGAGGGUAUUGCUACCACUUUACUUGGUGUGCUUUGCUUCUUCUUUCUCGUUGAUUCGCCGUCGCUUUCUGGUAGAUGGCUGUCCGCAGAUGAGAUUAGAUUUCUCGAACUUCAACAUUUUGUGAAGCAAGGCGGGCGUUUCUCGGAACAAUACUCUGAAAAGAGAUUCAACUGGUACGAAUUCAAAAUGGUUCUCACCAACUGGAGGCUCUAUCUCCAAGCCUACAUUCUGCUGUGCAUCUCAGCCUGUUCUUACGGAACUAAAUUUACCCUUCCUUCAAUUAUCAAAGCAAUGGGUUUUACAAACAACACAAUAGCUCAGCUUAUGACAGUACCAGCCUAUGUGGCAGGAGGCAUUUCUUCCAUUUUCUUUGCGUACUUGUCCGAUCGCUUUCUGUGGCGGAUGCCCUUCAUUGCGGCUCCCAUGUUGCUCAUCACCAUUGGAUACGCCGUGGUGAUGGGAUUCGACGGCAAAUUAGGUGGAAGCCAUACAGGACCAGGAUAUUUCGCUCUUGUAUUGACGUGUAUGGGCAUCUAUCCUGUUCAUCCGUCUGCCACAAGCUGGGCUGCCAACAACCUGGCUCCAGCCAGCCGUCGUGCAAUUGGACUUGCCUUUUGCAUUUGCAUGGGUAACAUUGGAGGUAUUAUUGGCAGCUUCAUGUAUCUUGACAAAGAAGCGCCUACUUACCACACGGGCUUUGGGCUUUCUCUGGCAUUUGGCGCCUCUGGCGUCCUCGCAGCUCUGUUACUGGAACUAAGCUAUAUCUGGGCCAACAAACAAAAGUCAAAGAUCCCCGAAGAGGAGGUUAGAGCACAAUUUUCGGAAGACGAGUUGCUCAAGUUGGGUGACAAGAGCUUACUCUUCAAGUAUACGCUCUAA